AUGACCCACUUACCCUUUCCAUACCAAGACAGAUUAAUAGGAGUACCGGAGAAUGACAUUAAGACUUUCUUAAACUUCUUAGAUCAAAUGGACGUAGUUUACAGCGGCGAUUCAUGCCAUGCAAAUUUUACUCAUAUUAGUAACCAAAAUCAGCACCUACCCCAAAGGAACCGUAGUGACGGUGGUUGGUGGAACCAUCUGUCCGCGCCGCGACACAAUACGAUGCCUGCGCGCAAAACAUAUUCCAAUGGAAACGUGUAUGACGGUAGGAUCAAUCGCAGGAAUUCGUGGAAUAAUAAUAACAACAAUAAUUAUCACCCAUAUCAAGAUGGUAACUACACGCAAAAUGAAAUUCACAGACAGUACAACAACAACCGCAAUAGGAGACAUGAGAACAACCGGUACAACCCGGGCUACUUUGACAGGAACAUGCCAUAUAACAGACAUAACUACCACCAAAACAACAACAAUCCCAACAAUCGUCGACAGAAUAUGUGGAACACACAAAAUUCACGCAUGACAAAUCAUAACCCUCCGCGGAAUCCGCCGCCGUUCCCCAGUACAGUUAUGCACUCCCCGCCACGAAGUAACAAUAACAAUUGCGGCGCGCCAUCAGCUGACGCUUGGGCGCCAACCUGCCGGAUUGUAAACAUAAUGGAGCUGGCCAAUGAACCCAUCCAAACACAGCAGACGACGGAAAACAGUCGACGACCGAGCUAA